AAAUUGUAAUUUAUUCUUUCACAUUGCUAUAAAGAUCUCUUUACUUAUCAGUUUGUAAUUUGUGUUCUCUUUGGGCUUAAGUGUUUUCGUAAUAUUUCACUUUUAUAAUUGUAUUACAUUAUCUUUGUCUUUUUUAUGAUUAUAUUCAUUAGUUUACACAUGUGAAAACAACAAAAAAGAAAGAGAAUUUGAGAUAAUAAAUAAUUAAAUUUGCAAAACGUUAAAAUCAUGAUAAUUUUAUAAAUUGUAUUAACUAUUAUAUGUCCUGAAACAAUGAUUGAUGUGAAGCGACUGGUGUAUUUUACAGGGUACAGAAACCUUUAGACUAUUGGAGAAAUAGCGCAACAGAGAAAACUUGCCAGAUAGAUCAGCACUGCUUUCAGAGUAUUGAAUAACGAACGGAUAUAUAAAAUACAGGCAUUAUUGAAGCUAUUCCACAUGUUAUCUAGAUGAUUGGACUGCUCGGAGUAAUUUAACAGACUAUCAAGUGAGAGAAAAUGUUUGGCAAUGCAAGCAAUAUUUCAGAUUUUAUGGAACACGCAGGAAAUCCUGCAGGUGCUACUGUUGUUUCACCUGUUCUUAUGUUCAUAGCUGGUGUUCUAGGAAAUAUAUUAGCUCUUUACAGUCUGUAUAAAACACGGACAGACGUACGAACAACAAAGUUUUACAGUUUUAUAAAAGGUUUAGCCUGGACUGAUCUUCUUGGGAUUUUGAUGACGUCACCAUCAGUUGUUAUUGCGUAUGCAAAUCAACGUGAAUGGGUGGGUGGAGGCGCACAUUGCCGUUUCCAUGGAUUCACAAUGACUGUGUUUGGGCUAGCAACGCCAUUAAUUAUUUGUGCCAUGGCUGUUGAAAGGUUUUUGGCUUUAAGAUGUGUAUUUUUCUACUCUAGCCGUUGCCGCACAGGCACUGCACGUGGUUGUAUUCUUCUACUUUGGUUCGGAACAAUAUUGUACGGACUUUUACCUUUAUUUGGCUUCGGAAGGUAUGAGAAACAAUAUCCUGGAACUUGGUGUUAUUUGGAUUUUCAUUCUGAAAACGUUGUAUCUAAAGUGUAUGGCUAUAUAUACGCGUGUACAAACUUGAUUUUGAUAAUGCUUAUAGUGCUAUGUAAUACAUAUGUUGUCAUUACAAUUUUCAAAACGAGACUAAAGCGCGCAAGUGACAGUAUUUAUUCUUUAAGUCAUACUCUACCAGAGCAUGACGGACUUAUGAAAGCUAGGAACCAGCGGAAAAGGUCAAAUGAUGCCGAGAUACAGAUGAUCGUCUUGUUGUGUGCACUGACAUUAGUAUUCACUGUAUGUUAUGCACCAUUAAUGAUCCGAAUAAUUAUGACACAGGCUACAGGGGUAGGAAACGUAUUAAUAGACCUUGCAGCAGUUAGACUGGCUAGUUUGAACCAGACGCUAGACCCGUGGCUGUAUAUUUUGUUAAGGAGAUCAACUUGCAGCAGAAUUGCUAGAGGUUUUAGGAGAGUUAAGUUGAAAUGUGUGACAGCACUGGGUAAUAGUUCACAAGAAAGAGAACUUCUAAAUAAUCUGGAUUUAAUAAACGACCGGAACUGUGAUAAGGUCCAAAAUGUUGGUGUUGACAAAGAAAUUCCCAAACCCGAUGUGAUGCAGAAUGUAGAUGGAGGAAACAAAUCUCCGUUACCGGAUAUAACAAACACUGACCAAAACAAAGAGAGGAAAGAUUCAUGUUAUGUUUGCCAUUUUCAGUUUGGAAAAUCUCUUUCGCCGGAAGAUGACGGAAUGUUUGUAAAAAUUCUAUAUGUGAAUAAUAAUUCAUCGUCAAACAUUUACAAUGAAAGAACUACCGACCGGCCAGUAUUAUGUUCUGACAAUUGUAAAAGACAAGGAGUAAUGCCAGACACUUUAAAACUUCCCGAUACAGCAUUACGUAGUAUUACGGAUUCCCAAUCAAACUGCAGUAAAUGUAACUUAAAACAUUCAGAUAUGGGAACAAAAGAAACAUCAUUAUCUCAAAACUUUAAUACAUUAUUCCGAUCAGAACACGAUGUUUAUGUUCCACCUAGUUCUAAACGUGUCCAUCAGAGUUUGAGAAAAACUAAAUCCAGCAACAAAUAAAAAGUGGAAGUGUUUCUUAUCAAAGACAAGUAGUAUUCAAAAUGACAUGUAAAAAAACAUUAUAUCGUAGUUAUUUAUCUUCUGCUUGUAUAUUAAUUUUUUUGCAAACAUGCAGCGCCCAGUAUUACACAAUUCCAUGAUGUAAAAGUCAUUUUAUUUAAUGUGUUACAUUCCAAUAAAACAAAGUUGUAUUACAUUCACUUGUCAUUGCGUUAUAGUCAUAAACAUGUGAUUGUUACAUUCCAUAUGACUAACUUAAAGCUUAACGAAUUUUCGAAAAGAAAUGAUUUAUAAUUCAAUAAUAUGU